AUGUCAGACUCGCACCUGCCUGCGCAGUUCUCUCUCCGCAGCAGCGGUAACAGCAAAGACCAGAGGAUUCAAAGAAGGAGGAGCGUCGUGAGAAACCGAGGCGAUUUCCGCUCAAGACUGUCGGGAGGCUCCUUCUUGCUCUCGCGCGACACUCGUUGCUGCAGUGGUGACGACGGCGGGUGGAUGAUGAUCUGUGGCGGAAGAAGUGAGUGGGAGGAGAUAGCCAGUGUUGCUGCAACGUUCAAGUCUUUCAGAGCUAUCGGUGGUAUACAUCAUGAUACUGAGCUCAUAGGGACCGGCUGGGUUCUAUUGCCGUACUAUCCAUGCUCGGACACCAUACCCGAACUCGCCCAUGACAAAACCGAUGAGACCUUUCGUGGCUUAGCGGGCGAGACUGUGAUAGAGAUCAAGAGAAAUCGCAAAUACAUCGAAUACGCUCUCUAUGGGAUAUUUCUAUCCGAAUGUUGCCUGAAAAUCAGGUUCAAAGCCCAUACUGGUGACCCCGUAUACGGUGAUGAUGGGGGUUAUAUCGGCUUUCCCGAGUGUGGUAUCAAGUGUACUCAGGUGCCGGUGAGCGUCCUGGUCUUGACGCUUUGUAGUGUGUGA